UAUUAACCCACGAAGUAGAAAUUGAGGUAGAAAUCUUGGAACAGAGAUAACUUAAUCCUUAUUUUUUUAUUGAAUGGAAGUCUCCAACUCUUUCCCCAAAUUACUGAAAAAAUAGAGAGUUGGGAGGUAGAGGCCAGCCAACAACUGGAUUUCCAUUUCCCGAUCUGAAGCCAUUCGGAGAGACAGUGGAAUGACGGCGUUUGUAAAUCUGGAAGAUUCUCCUAUGUUCCACAAGCAAGUAAGGUCUUUGGAACUUAAUGCAGAUGAACUGAGAGACCGCUGCCAAAAGCUAUAUAAGGGCUGUAGAAAAUACAAUGAAACACUAGAGGAAGCCUACAGGGGGGAUAAUAUCUUUGCAGACUCAUUGGAGGCGUUUGGCGGAGGCCAAGAUGAUCCUGUCAGUGUGUCAGUUGGAGGCCCAAUUAUGUCAAAAUUUGUUUCUGCAUUUAGGGAGAUUGCAACAUAUAAGGAACUUCUUCGUUCUCAGGUGGAGCAUGUACUGAUUGAUCGCUUGACUGAGUUUUUGUCUGUUGAUCUGCAAGCUGUCAAGGAAUCUCGUUACAGAUUUGAUAAGGCUGAUUCUGCUUAUGACCAGGCACGGGAGAAGUUUGCCUCUUUAAAGAAGAGUACACAUGCUGAUGUAGUAACUGGACUCGAAGAAGACCUACACAACUCAAAGUCAGCUUUCGAAAGAAGCCGCUUUAAUUUAGCAAAUGCUCUCAUGAAUAUUGAAGCAAAAAAGAAGUAUGAGUUCCUGGAGUCUAUUAGUGCAAUUAUAGAUGCUCAUCUAAGAUACUUUAAGUUGGGAUAUGAAUUGUUGAGCCAAAUGGAACCAUUCAUUCAUCAGGUUUUGACAUAUGCCCAACAGUCAAAAGAACAGACGAAUAUCGAACAAGACAGGCUUGCCAGAAGGAUUCAGGAAUUCAGGACACAGGCAGAGCUAGAUCUUAUGCAGGCAUCUAGUAACAUUAGUACUCAAGCAAGUAAUUUUCGCGCUAAUGGGGUUGGUAUGAGUUCAAACAAAAAUAUAGAAGCAAUUAUGCAGUCCAGUGCAAAUGGUGAAGUCCAAACAAUCAAGCAGGGAUAUAUUUUGAAAAGAUCUACAAGUUCGAAGGCUGAUUGGAAGAGGAGAUUUUUUGUUCUCGACAGUCUUGGCAACUUAUACUAUUAUAGGCACAAGGGUCCCAAACCAGGGGGAUCUCCACCACCAGGUGUGGAUCACAACAAGGUAUUUAGUAGAUUUAGAGCAAGGUAUCAAAAGUCGUCUUCUCAUGGAGAAGAAAGUUUGGGCUUUCAUGCUGUUGAUCUUCGUACUUCAAUAAUAAAAGUUGAUGCCGAAGAUACAGAUUUGCGGCUAUGCUUCAGAAUAAUUUCACCAUCAAAAACUUACACAUUGCAGGCUGAAAAUGAAGCUGAUAGAAUUGACUGGAUGAAUAAAAUAACUGGAGUCAUUGCUUCCCUCUUAAAUUCUCAUUUGCAUGGGCUAGAUGUUGGCAAAACUAUUGUGAAGAGUGGUACUGCCAGUUCUGGUGCUUGCAUUGAUGACAUUUCACUUGACAACAUUGCUAGACAAUUGCCGAGUGUGCCAACUGGUCAAGUUGAGUCUGUCUCUAAAAUUCUUAGAGAAAUUCCAGGGAAUGACAAGUGUGCAGAAUGUGGGGCUUCUGAAGCUGAUUGGGCUUCUCUUAAUCUUGGGAUUUUGGUGUGCAUAGAAUGCUCUGGCAUUCAUAGAAAUCUUGGUGUUCAUAUCUCUAAGGUAAGGUCCAUAACUUUAGAUGUCAGAGUUUGGGAACCUACUGUCAUGGAUUUGUUUCAAACUUUGGGUAAUUCAUAUUGCAACUCUAUUUGGGAGGAGAAGCUUUUACGUCCAAACCAUGGGAUAAAAAGCAAUGUUUUGAAACCAAAGUCCCUAGAUGCUUUUCAGAAAAAAGAGAAGUACAUCAUGUCAAAGUAUGUUGAAAAGCUGUUUAUCAAUAAAGAAGCUCUACUAUAUAACAUGAAUGAUGUUAUCACUAGCAUCUGGGAUGCAGUAAAGGCAGGCAAUUUGAGGGAAGUCUAUCGAAUAAUCGUGGCAUCUGAUGCAAAUACAAUCAAUGCCACUUAUGAUGAGGUGGUUGGUGCAUCACUAUGUCAUGCUUUUUCUGAGCAGGAAUCACUAAGAGGAUUUCACGACUCUAAAAAGAAACGCUAUGAUCCAGCAGCCUGUGAAAAUAUCAAGCAGUGUCUUCAAGGGUGUUCAAUAUUACAUCUAGCGUGCCGCUCUGAUAAUCCUGCAAUUGUUGAACUGCUGCUGCAAUUUGGUGCGGACAUAAAUUGGCGUGACUUGCAUGGAAGAACUGCUCUGCAUCAUUGCAUCUCAACAGGGAAUAACCAAUUAGCCAAAUUUUUGCUUAGAAGAGGGGCUCGUGCUUCAGUUAGAGAUGCUGGGGGUUUCAGUGUACUCGAAAGGACCAUGGAAAUGGGUGCAAUCACCGAUGACGAACUGUUUGUCUUGCUUGCUGAGAGUGAGUGAGUUGGCGGGGUUUCUAUUUCGAACAUGAUUCCUCUGAAGCAGUUUGGUAACUGGAAUGGAAAGAAAGCUGUUUGAAGUUGGAUUAUUUCCAAAGAUUGGUAAUUAUUUUUAUCGUUCCCAUUGUUGUAAUGUUUUACUCCGUAUUAUAUAUAUUUGAACAUAGGUUGAAUGAUAGUACAGACCAAACAUAGGGCCUGGAUCCUCUGUCCCUCCUCCGUGUUCCAACUCUGUGUCCCACCAUUCACAUUCUGCCACGCUAUCUCACCACCCUUCAAAGAUGAAUUUAGAGGUGUGUGUGUGGGGGGGGGGGGUUAUGUGGCACAAUGUGAAUGGUGGAACAGAGAGUUGGAACAUGAAGGAGAGACAGAGGAUCCAAGCCCCCCAAGAGACUAGUUUGUAAAUCUUUCAUCUGUUGUGUGUAUGUGGCAAAACAUUUGUAGUCAUUGACUAUCCUCUGAUAUUGAAGUGCUAGACUAUUAUAGCAUAAAAAUAAAUUACUGUUUCAUGC